UGUGCAGAAACCAGAGGGAACGAGCAGCCAUGGAUCAGAGCAAAACUGUGUUGAUGGACACACCACCUGUGUAUUCUGAGCUACUGCCUAUGCCAAGGAUCCCAUGCCUCGGUGGCCUUAAGAAGCUCCUCUGCGUGGUGCUGGUUGUGGUGGUCCUGGUCGUAGUCCUCAUUGCUGUCCUCUUGAUGGGCCUCCAUAUGAGCCAGAAACACACUGAGACGAUUUUCCAGAUGUCUCUGCAAGAUGGAGCCGAUUCCAAAGUGAAACCUGCUGGAGGUGUGGCGACCUUCCACCUAGACACUGGAAUCAAUACUUCAGCCAGUGUCGUCUAUGACUACAGCAAGAUGCUGAUCUGCAUGCGCCCACGUCCUGGACACGCGUGUUACAUCACACAUAUGGAAGCGGAACGUAUACAGAGUCUUCAGAGCAUUGCAGAAAAUGUGCUGAGCAAGAUCGGUUCUGAGACUGCCAAACAGACUGACCCCACCAAGCUGGUGAGCGAUCCUUCAGUCUUGGGCACUACCAUCCGGGUGCUGUGUGGGGACCUGCCAGUCUACUGGACCUAA